AUGAGUCGUCCCGGAGACAAAAGCGAUUUCAGACUUGAUCUGGAAAGUCUACUUCCGACGGAUGACACGAUUACCAAGAGUGAGUGAGAAGAAACAGUUUGAAAGUGGCCAGUGGUCAAUGAUUUUAUAUCACGGUGAUUUUUCCUGGGGGUCGCGCGGAGGUUUCUAGUCCCUGGCCUCCGCGGCCAUCGCCGUUCUACUUGGCCAAAACAAAACCGGCUUUUCAGCUUUUUCUCAAAAACUGGAACGUAUAAUUCUUAAUCACAAACGUACUUUUUUUCUAAAUUUGAUAAGCUUUCUUUUGUCGAAAAAUGACUGCUCUAGGGGUCACUGUCUUUUGCAGAAGAUGCCGUCCGCCGUCCAUCAAUUUUCCGACUCACGGAGACAGAUCCGAUGCUCGGAAUCGACAACCUCAGAUCAGUUAUACAUCAGAGUGCUCGAGAGGGAAACAUGGAUUCGCUUCGGUCCAAUCUCAGCAAGAGGCCGGACGCUGUGAAUCUGCAGGACAUGGAUGGAAUGACCCCGCUUCAUUAUGCGGCCAGAUACGGAAACUAUGAAGCAGUCAAACUGUUAUUGGCCAGAGGAGCACUGCCGUCGACCGAGAACGCCGAAAAGGAUACUCCACUUCAUGUGGCUGCCAAAUACCACCAGGGAAUGACGGAAAUCUGUUUGAUAACUGAUGAGAACGGGGAAAAAGUGAUGGAUCGGCAGGAUACGGAACGGCUGGUAAACUCGAAUACCACCAAGAUCAUCUAUGCGUUGGUGGAUGCAAAUGCGUGAGUAUUUCACUGCGUCUUUGCAAAAACUACAGUUUCUUUCAGAUUUAUAAACGCAGAGAACGAGUACCACUUGACUCCGCUUCAUUACGCGGCCAUGAAAUCCAAUAUCGCUGCCGUCCAGGCCUUGAUAACGAGGAAAGCGGACGUAAAUGCAGAGGAUAUAAACCAAAUGACUCCGCUUCUUCUCGCUUGCGUCCACGGACAGUUGGCAGUUAUUCAGGAGUUGAUAAAAGCACGCAGUGACGUCACCAAAAGGGAUCAGCGCCUGAAUACUGUAUUCCACAUUGUGGCUCUUCGCGGAGAACCGGAUCACUUGAAAAUGCUCAUGGAUUACAAUCCUGUGGAAGCGAUAAAGGCACUGAAUAAGGAGAAUAACGAAGGGAAGACCCCUCUAAGAAUGGCGGUGGAGGGAAACCAUCCACUCACUUUGCUCAAAAUUCUGGAGAUGGAGAGCAAGAAUUCGCAGAAAUGGAUGGUCCGAGAGAAAGAACUCAUCCAUUUUGCAGCAGAGAAAGGGUAUUUAGAAGUGAUUGAAGCCCUCGUGGCAGCUGGAGGCCGGAAGGACGAGCUGGAUUCGGAGAAGUCACUUCCUCUCCACGUGGCAGCCAAAAUGAACAGAAAGAAUGUUGUGGAAUACCUAUUGGACGAAAACAACAUGGAUCCUGUGGACGAUUACGGAAUGACUCCGUUGAUGUUGGCAGUCUCGCAGGACAGUGAAGACUGCGUGAAGUACCUGAUUGGAAAGGGAGCAGACUACACAGUCACCGACAAAGACGAAAGAACUGCGGUCUACGUCGGCGCCAAGUACAAUGCCCAGAAGUCUGUCAGUUACAUUCUGGAGUAUUUGAAACAGAAGGAAGAGACGUUCGAGGAAAAGGCAGAAAACGAAUAUCUGAAUAGAUCGCACGCCUCAAGAAAGACGCUUCGGAAUGUAAAUGAAGAUCAGAAAGUGUCGACGAUGGUCAACAUGGCGGACAGAGAUCAGAACAGUCCGAUGCACGUGGUCGCCUCUAAUGGAUACCUGGAGAUGAUGGAGGUGAACGGCAGGAGUUCUCCACUGACAAUCGAGUUCUUACAGCUAUUGUACAAGUAUGGAGCGGUGGUAACUCAGGUGAAUGAGGACGAAGAGACUCCGUUGCACAGAGCAGCUCAUUCUGGACAAACAGGAGCAGGUACAGGAAAGAAGGAUGGAACUGGAGAAGACAGAAAUGGUUGCAGUGAGAAUGCUUUUGGAGUGGGACAAGAGACUGCUUCUGAACAAGGACGAAAUGGGUAACAGUGCUCUUCAUUUGGCUGCAAAAAUGGGUGAGUUUCCAUUCCUUUCUCGGCUUGUCAGACGGAACCAGUAAAUUUAACUUUUUAAUUGUGACUGCGUCAAUUAAACUCUUUUGUUCCCUUUCUCCCAUGUUCUGUCAUCACCGUGCACCCGUUUUUGCGCCAAUUGGAUCAGCCCAAUUGCCGUCGAAGAAAGGACAUUUGCAUGCGACGAAGCAGUGUUGUUUCGCUAGAGACUCCGACGAUUUCGAUAGGCAGAGCAGAUGGGAAUGGUAGUGAAAACACGACAGAUGGCACCGCGGACCGUCCCGGUUCCGUUCCUUCUCGUGUUCCCUUCUUCUCCCUCAUCGGAUCGAUAUUUCGUGUGAAAAGGAGCCAAUGAAGGAGACGAGGAAGCCUGAAAAAUUAAUGAACAUCGUGUGAUUAUGCACACAUCCGAGAGACAUUCCGCUAAUUGGAGAGGCGCAGACACCACUCGGACUCGUGCGCCGAAUACUUUCGGGCCAUGAAUGAUAUUGGAGCUGAAUGAGAUUUCGAAAACUUCAAGCGAAUCAUCCAUCUGUUGAGCAGAUUAAGCGGAACCGUAUGGCGGAAACGACAGAAAAGAGGUGACAAGAAUGGGGUAGAGGCGCCAGAUGGUCGACAGAAGCCUCCUAAGUCUACUUUCAUUGUUUGAAUAUGCUCUCGCAAAUACAUCUCGAUUCCGUCUGAACGUCUUCAAAUGGUUUCUCCUCAUAGACUAUUCCCCUUGUAAUCUCCCAUCUGAGAAUUAAAAAAAAAUUACCGGACCGGUCGAUCAAGGACUAUUUGAUCUGACCGAUCUGUUCUCAAUUUUCGGAUCAAGCGUUCUGUGCACCCGUUUUGUUCUUUCGGCACUCCAAUUAGUGUGACCUAAUCUGUUCCGGUCUCAUCCGUUUCUUUCUAAUCCCCUCGCCGAUCACCUCCGGAACCAUCUGUUCAGGUGUUGUGUCCCGAGCAAUCCUCUAAUGAGACGUUCCGAAAAGAGCGCCCAAUUAUAGGCUUCCGAGCUAACCGAGCAACCUUAUCCGGCUCUCAUUCAAAACAAAAUCUCUCUAAUUGGUGUUUUGAAGGCGGCAGAUAUCUAGAAGCAGAGCAAGUUGUUAUUUGAAUUCAUAAUUGUGACGUGGCACUAAUUCGGUUACGGCGGUACAAGUGAGAUUGAGUGCCUAAACGGAGGGAAAUUGCAUUAUCGCGGAAUCAAAUUGACGCGAGAUUUCUGUUCUUUGGUGGCUGACUCAUUCGUAUCUGAACUACUCGCUUUUCACCUCUUCUCAUUUUGAUGAAUCCCGUUAUGCUCCGCUAGACAGAAAUAACGAGUGAGCCCGAUCCCUUUGGUGUCUCUGCCCAGCCGUAAUGGAGUCUAGAAGCUUCUCUCACGGCCCCCACCUCGCUAAUUAUUGUUGUUAUCACAUGCAAAUCCCUUUCCACACAUUCGACGGCUCCGUGGCAACCGCCGCCCGCUGAUAGCGCCUUCUCUGCGGCUCUCCUUCUUCGACGCAUUCCAUCGCCUCCCAGCUCUUCUGCUUCGGCUCUUACUCUCUCGUAGCUCACGUCUUCACCUACAAAAGGCCGUGUGUUGGCGCCUGCCUAUCGAUUUUCGAGGAGCGGGCGGCGCUGUCUUCUGCGAGUCUCGAUCCGAGUCUCUUCUGAUUCCACGGUCUCUCCGUGCUCACGCCGUCUGGAGAGAAGGCGUCGCUUCUCUCCGUCGCGCCUUCUUCUUCUCAUUCGCAGUCCGCGGCUCUUGACUAGUAACCCGUCCACUCGCAACUACUACUCACGCUUCGUUUCGGAUCCGCGAGGCAUGUAAUCCCAGAGGCACGAACCACCUGCCGGGCCGUGGCCGUCUAAUCCAGCCCCGCUUCUGCCUCAACCACCUGCCCCAAAAGGGGAGGGCCUCCGAAGAAGGAGAGAGAGCGACACCCGAGGCCCCGCCCUUCUCGAUCUCCCCUCUUGAUGGACAUUCAUUGGCGAGUGGCUCAUUUUGGAGGACUGUCUUCUUCUGCUUCAUAUUCGCAUUCCUAACUUGAGUGCCUUCAUCUGACACUGAUAUUUCCGCCCGCACUCUGUUGUCAUCUGGCGUCCACCUGAGUGACUUUAGUGGACAUUUGACAAUUCCAACUAAGGCACGCGGUGAAUGCCACGUGUCAAGAGACAUGUUGAAUAAGGUUGGUUUUCCGGUUUGACAGUCACAGUCACUGGUGCGAAUCGUCGCCUUUUCAUCGGAUCGCAAGAUGACUAAUUCAUGAGCAUGUACAUUUGAUGCCGUCCUCCCAUUCAUUAAGAGGGGAAAGCCGUCCCUUCCUCUCCUCUCCCCUUCCCUUUUCCGUUUCUCUUCGAAUCCGAAGAUAAUGAGAAAGUGGUCGGUCGGGAGGGGGGCCGGCGGACUGAAUGCCUCUCCGGUCACGGCCGUGUUGCAGUAGCAUCCAAUUAAAUUGGCACAGAAGCGUGAGCGCGAGCACAGAGCCAGAUGCAUACAAUAUACAUAUAUGAGAAGACGAAAAAGAGGGAACCGGGCAAGAAGAGGAUGGCCGUGAGCAAACAACAAUCUUUCGCUUAAUCAUGCAAUAUUGGCAAAAUUAAGAGGCGAAAUUGCCAGAAUGUGCGCGAAAUUCCUUAAAUGCACGGCUUCUCUCUUGACACGGAUUCCUCGUUUAGAACGUUGCGGAGCAGCUUCCGGUGUACUUUACUGGUUCUUUCUGAAAGUAAAUAAAAAGAGCGGGAGGAGAACGAAUUCUAAUCUGUUCAGGUCAUGACGUGACAACACGAGUGCUGCUGGAGCAAGGCGCCGAUAAAGAGGCGAAGAAUUCGUUCCAGCAGACGCCGUUGCAAGUGGCCGUUGAGUACGGGAAGCUGGAGACGUGUCAGCAGUUGGUGUCCAAGGGGGCUCAGGUUGAGAAUCCGAGUGAUACAAGGUGUAGAGAAGUGAGGAAAGAAAUAAGAAUUUGGACGUUUUCAGAACUGUUUUGCAUAUUGCCGCGAAUAAUGGAUACGAUACAAUUGCAAGAUUCUUGUUGCAAGUUGGGGUGACAGUUGACAGAAGGGACGAAAAGGGACGGACUGCUCUGGAUGUGGCAUGCGAGCAGGGCAAGAAGGAGGUGGCGAGGGCGCUCCUGGAGACGGACGAAUGGAGAUCUCUGAUGAUUCCGAAUGACGUUAUUCCGUUAGAUAAGCACAAGCAUCCGAAAGAAAUGAAAAGAGAAACGCCGUUCCGAGCACUUCUAUCAAAAUUUCCCGAGUUGGCUGCGCUGGUUAUGGAUAAAUGUGUGGAGUGAGUGAACAAUUGGGAACGUGUUAAAGGUUAUAGUUCAGCAAAAACAAAGAAGAGGAUGAUCUGACAAAGUGCAUCGCCUAUGAUUUCGAAUUCAUCGACGAUACGUACAUGAUGAGGGUGACCAGCGACGACGGGGAAGAGGAACAGCUCGUUGGCUACAAGUCUCCUUAUGACGACGACUUCAAACUUCACAAAGAGGCCCAGUCGUAUGCUUCGAACUAUGACAAGAUCUACAAAAAUCAUCCACUGAAACUGAUGGCCAAUGCAGAAAAACUAUCUCUUUUGGGACAUCCUCUCUCAAUGGCUCUUCUCAAAUACAAAUGGAACAGGCUAGGCCGAGUCAUGUACUAUUCCGGUAAAGAUCACAUCUCUCACUUAAUUCGAUCAUUUUCUUUUCAGCCCUUUUCAUCUAUAUCGUGUUCAUAUUCAGUCUAUCUCAGUAUGUUCGUCACACCAAAGCUCCGUACAAUGUCCCCAAAGGCGACCAGUAUUAUGAUAGCACCUUUUUCGAAGAUGACAAAGCUUGUCCGGAGCUCGUGAGUCUUCUUCCAUGCCCCAACAAUGUCUUUCUGUCACUUUCAGAACACGAUGAAACCCGAUGGAAUAUGGAAACGGAUUGUUCAAAUCUUGGCUAUUUGUCAGAUCGGUAUUGAGUUCUUCCAACUCUACCAAAGAAAGUUUGCAUAUUUAACAAAUUGGGAAAACUGGAUCGACUGCUUCAUCUACUCCACUGCUCUUUUGACCGUCUACGACUUCACAGACUGCACCGCCACUUCGGGAGUUCGCCAGAAUUGGCAAUGGCUUCUCGCAGCUCUGUGCAUCUUUUUUGGCUGGAUUAACUUGCUGUUCAUGAUCAGAAAAAUGCCCCGAUUCGGUAUAUUCGUCGUCAUGUUCGUGGACAUUGUCAAGACAUUCUUCCGAUUCUUCCCGGUUUUCGUCCUGUUCAUUAUUGCGUUCUCUUCAUCUUUCUACGUCAUUCUACAGAAUCGAGUAAGUGUCAGACUCCAGAGGUCUCAAUUAUUGUUGCAUUUUCAGCCAGAGUUCUCCACAAUCUUUCUCGCACCUCUGAAAACAACAGUAAUGAUGAUCGGCGAGUUCGAAUUCGCCGGAAUAUUCCACGGAGACGAGACGCUGCACACGGAGAAGAUGUUCGGAUCGGCACACGCGACAGUCGCCUACUUGCUGUUCUUCUUCUUCUGCAUCAUCAUGACCAUCCUCCUUAUGAAUCUUCUCGUCGGUCUCGCCGUCGACGACAUCAAGGGAGUUCAGGAGAAAGCGGAAUUGAGGCGACUCGCGAUGCAGGUGGACCUCGUUCUGCAGAUCGAAGCCUCCAUUCAUCUCUUCAUUCGGAGCAUGAAAAAGUAUGCGACGAACCGUUACGCACACUUUCCGUAUGGAAAAAUGUCCAAAUCGAACCUGGGAACAUGGUGGACAAACUUCCGGAAGAGGUUCGGACUGAACACGAAUAGUGAAACGGAGCAUGAAAUGCAGUACGAGUACGAAUCGGUCAGUAACCUUCAUUUCUAGGGCUUUUCAUACUUCUCUCUGUUCAGGAAAUCACUUCCGAACUUCGCUCCAACCUCCAGAUGCAACGGAAUCGUUUGCAAACAUUACAAGAGAACAUUGACGUGAUGUACGAGAAGCAGAUCCGUCUGGAAAACCUCAUUCAGAGCCUUGCCAGUGGACUGAACAUCAAAAUCGAGGCAGAGGACAAAGACAAUUGA